AUCGGUAGCUUGCCAUCUCUAGUCUAUAAAAUAAAAAAAUAUCUAAAAAAUGGAUGCAAAUGCAACAAUUACAGGCGAUGUCGAUAAAACACAGAUACCGCCUCUUAACCAAAAGCGGAUACUGGCUUUUGUCAACCAUUUCCUAAUAAGUACCUGCACUUUCCUCAAUGAAUUUGCUUUGGGCUGUGAAACGAAGUUCGUGGAAAUGGAGCGGCAAUUACAAAAGACGGAGGCUUCUUUGGUCAUUUUGGAAGCAAAGCUGGCAUCCAUACCCACUGACAACGACACGGAUAGCGUCACAAGCAGUCCAGCGAACCCACUGCCGGCCACUCCAGAGAUUGAUGAAGCCCCAACGCCCACAGUCGAAGAACCACCUGAGACUGAGCAAGAGCCGGAGCUGGUGGGGGUGCGAGCAUGCGAGGAUGUUCGCUAUAUGAAGUUCUUCAAAAUGCUCCAUGUUGGAGUACCAGCACCGGCCGUUAAGCAGAAAAUGAAUACCGAGGGCUUGGAUUCACAGCUCCUGGAGUGCGUAUGAAUUGGCCUUGGUAGCUCAUAUUGAUCCUUAUCGUUUUCAUCCAUUGCAGUACGCCCAAUCGAAUCCUGGAAGAUGGCGUCCGUGAGUAGAUGCAAAAACUGUAGGACCAGCAGCACACAGGCGGUAUUGUGAUAUAGCAAUUAUUGCUACAUUUGUAAAUUAAACAUUUUUCUAAAGCUUA